AUGGCGGAAUUCGUGCGAUCCCAGAUCUUUGGCACCACGUUCGAGAUCACCAGCCGGUACACGGACUUGCAGCCGGUGGGCAUGGGAGCGUUCGGCCUGGUCUGCUCGGCGCGAGACCAAUUGACCGAUCAGCCUGUGGCGGUCAAGAAAAUCAUGAAGCCAUUCAGUACUCCGGUCUUGUCCAAGCGUACUUACCGCGAGCUGAAGCUGCUCAAACAUCUCCGCCAUGAGAAUAUUAUCAGCCUGAGCGAUAUUUUUAUCUCCCCUCUCGAGGACAUUUAUUUCGUCACCGAGCUUCUGGGUACUGAUCUCCACCGCCUUCUGACUUCUCGACCCCUCGAGAAGCAGUUCAUUCAGUACUUCCUUUACCAGAUUCUGCGUGGCUUGAAAUAUGUUCACUCCGCUGGUGUGGUUCACCGAGACCUCAAGCCCAGCAACAUUCUCAUCAAUGAAAAUUGCGAUUUGAAGAUCUGCGAUUUCGGUCUGGCGCGAAUCCAGGAUCCCCAGAUGACGGGCUAUGUCUCCACACGUUACUACCGAGCCCCCGAGAUCAUGCUCACUUGGCAGAAGUACGACGUGGAGGUUGAUAUCUGGAGUGCAGGCUGCAUCUUCGCCGAAAUGCUGGAAGGCAAGCCGCUCUUCCCUGGAAAGGACCAUGUGAACCAAUUCUCCAUCAUCACCGAGCUUCUGGGUACUCCCCCAGAUGAUGUGAUUCAGACCAUUUGCAGUGAAAACACUCUGCGCUUCGUCAAGUCCCUCCCGAAACGCGAGCGCCAAAACCUGGCCCAUAAGUUCCGGAAUGCCGAUUCCGAUGCUGUGGACUUGCUUGAGCGGAUGCUGGUCUUCGACCCGAAGACGCGAAUCCGAGCCGGAGAAGCACUUGCGCACGAAUACCUUGCCCCUUACCACGACCCCACAGACGAGCCCGUCGCUCAAGAGAAGUUCGACUGGUCAUUUAACGAUGCGGAUCUGCCUGUGGAUACCUGGAAGAUCAUGAUGUACUCGGAAAUUCUCGACUUCCACAACAUUGAGCAAGGCACCGAGGCCGGCCAGGCUCUAGUCCCUGGUCAAGCGCCACCAGGUGGCCCAGCACCUCAGGGUUUCGCAUAA